GCUGCUGCGUCUCCAGACACUUCCUGCACCGACACAGCACUCAGAGCAAGCGACCGUCUGUCGUCGUGAGAGGGGAGGCAAGAUGAGGAACAGAGAUCUAUGGGAGGGAACGUGAGGCUCGGCUCAAGGACUUUACCAUGACAUAAAUCAAGGACCCUCCUGGAACCGUCUCCUUGUUUGUCUUUUGUUUUGUUUCUGUGUUUGUUUUUUCGUUGUCGAGUCUCCACUUGUCCAUCUCAGUGUUCAUUUUCCUCUUGUGGAGAACAAACAACAAAGUUAAGCAGGUGCGAUUUGUUUAGAUGAAACUUAAAUGUAUCACACUACUGUCUACAGGACUGGUCUAGUCACUCCCUGUCUGCCUCUUACACAUCACUGAGAUAGCAGUAGAGGUAUCAAAGGUCUUGAAAAAAGCCUGCACUUAUCAUAUCUUUGUGGCAUUAAUUACAUUUUGGCCAGCACUUAACAUGCAACAUAUUCUACGGAAAUCUUUACUUGUUCAUUAAUUUAAUUUAAUUGUUGUAGCCUCCUUGUUCACGCAAGGUGUGUUUGUUUGUCUUAUUCAGUUUUUCAAUGCAACUUAAAAUUUGAUUUUCGUCCAUUUGUGUAAUUAUUUAAAGAGUUAUUGUUGAUGUUGUAGCUGCUCAGCUGCCUUACAUUGUUUUCGAAGUAGGCGGCUUUAAGUUUUAAUGUAAACUUAUUUUUUACUUAUGCAAACUUUGUGAAGAACACUCUUGUUUUAAAUGACUGAUCUCACAGUGGCAAAUUCAGUUUUUAAGGUCUUGUUGUCUUUGAAUAUGUUGACGUGUCGCCUGUCCACUUUUCAACUGGCAGUAAACUGUAGAAGCUGACGACUCUUCAGAUCAAACUGUCAUGGGAGAUUUCUAACUGUGACAAAAGGACUGGUGUUAAGCAGUUCCCAUCUUCACUGGAUAAGUACAGUAACAAAAGCACCUUUGAACUGGAAGCAUUUUUUUUUUCUUUUCUGAAAUGGACAGAUGGGGACAGAAACUCAGCAAACUUUGUGAUAUUAUCUCUUGAAUUCAAGCACUGAAGAAUAAUGAUUUUGAGGAGAUUUCAGGGAUGAAGUUCUCAAACUGAUAUUAGGACACACAGUUUGAUUUUCCCUGCAAAUCUCGGAAGAGCUGCUAAGUUUCACUCUUCAAGCUUCUAACCGUCGAACUACCCCGCUUGUUAGACUGAAUUUUUCCUGGUGACCCUCGUCCACGUCAGCAGAGAGGAUGCGAUCCCCAGACACUUCAACACUUUGCCCAGCAGAAGCCCUCCUUCAUGGCCAGUUUGCUAGCUGGGGGUCGGGCAGUAACAGCAACAAUAACAGCUGCCCCAACAGCCCUGGUGGUCCAGGGGGCCUCUCCCCUGCUGCCUCCCCUACUCCGGCUCCGGCCUCCAACUAUGCCUUGACCCUCACCCACACCCACAUACAUAUCCAGCGUCUGUCGCCACGGACGGGGAAAGAAGCCCGUCUCUUGCUGCCUUUAUCAGAGCUGGUGGGGUGCAGCUGCCCUCGCGCCCCUGCGCCCCCUCUCCUGGUGCUGUACUGGUACCCACCAGGCAAACGAAGGAAGGGGGUGUCCCGGCGCAGGCAGGUGAGGGCCUAUCUGGCAGAGAGCAGGGCUGAAGCCGAGAGGUGGUCGGCUGCUGUGCAGUGUCUACUCAGAGGCGUGACCGUCACUGCUGAAACAGAAUUUUCAAGAAGUCUGCUACCUCGUCCCAGGCGACUACUGUUAUUGGUCAAUCCCUUCAGUGGGAGAGGCCAGGCAAUGCAGUGGUGUCAGACCCACAUCCUGCCAAUGAUUAGAGAGGCAAACAUCAGCUACAACCUCAUACAGACAGAGCGUCAGAACCAUGCCAGGGAGCUCAUCCGAGAGAUAUCGCUCCCAGAGUGGGAUGGCAUCAUCAUUAUUUCUGGGGAUGGUCUGCUACAUGAGGUAAUUAAUGGGCUGAUGGAGCGUCCUGACUGGGAACAAGCAAUAAAAGUACCUGUUGGCAUUCUACCCUGUGGCUCUGGGAAUGCACUGGCUGGCUCCGUCAACCACCAUGCAGGGUAUGACAUGUGCCUUCGGGAGCCCCUCCUUUUAAACUGCUGCUUUUUGCUCUGUCGAGGCGGUGUCCGACCCAUGGACGUGAUCUCCGUGACAACAAGCCCUCCCUCCAACCCACGUAAUGCAACACCCAGAAGACUGUUCUCUUUCCUAUCUGUUGCCUGGGGCUUUGUGUCCGAUGUAGACAUUGAGAGUGAGAGGUAUCGUGGCUUGGGGUCAGCCCGCUUCACCUUGGGCACCCUGGUGCGCAUAGCUUCUCUUCGAUCCUACAAGGGUCGUCUGUCCUACCUGCCGCCCUCUAUUGUCACCGCAUCACCAGAUUCUACACCUCCUCCGCCAAGGAGACCCCUCUCCCGCAGUAUCACUGAAGGCCUGGAGGGCUUCUGUCGAACCCCCAUCCAUCGCACCUGCUCUGACAUGGGCAUCAGUGAGCAGAGAAGCCUGCGGAGGGGUGAAGGAGAGAGGGAAAAAGAGGAGAGGCAGAGAGAAAGGGAGAGAAGAAGGGAGAGAGCCAGGGGAGGAGGAACUGGUGUGGUGAGGGCAAGCAGCCUUGCAGAGGACAGAGAGAGGGAAAGGGAGGGGGAAAUUGAGAUGGAAGCAGAGGAGGAGAGGUCAGGGACGAGUUCAGAAUCAAAUGAAAGGGAUGACUGCAGAAUGGGAAGGGCAGAAAGAUUGGCGGGGAUCAAGGAUGAAAGGGAAGAAGAGGGACGAGCAGAGCAAGACUCCAGUGAGAUGGACGAGGACAACAGGGGGAAGGAAGGCGAAGGCAGUGGUGGGUCUGUGGAGGGCGAGGGAGUACUGCAUGCACGAGAGCUCGGAGAGAGCUACGGGUUAGACAUGGGGCGAGAGGCAAAUGAAGAGGGUUUAACUUAUCAAGAUUGCCCUCAGGAAGCCAGACAGGCACUAAGAAAGAAUUCAGCCCCUUCUAGCCAGAUCGCCAGCGCCCUCUUUAACCAGCCGCUCAGUCAGGAGGCCGACUCAGGUAGUGGUCCUUCAUAUGGGGUGGAGGACAUGGAUCUGAAUGGAACCUACUACCAGAAAGAACCCUACCCACUGGACGUCGCCCGUGAACGGUCUCUCACCAUCUCUUCCCCCUUUCGUCACUCUCCCUUCUCCUACAAGCCCAAGACCCUGGACCAAAACCAGAACGCCUCCCGGCCAAGGCCCCUCUCCCUCCUCCAGCACUCCCACUCAAACUCCCUCCCCCCUAAACUCCCUUCACUCUCUCUAUCUCUUUCUCCCACACCCCCAUCUUCCCCUUCAUGUGCCUCCCCACACUCCUCAUCCUACCUCGUCCCACGUCCUAACACCCCAAAUUCAACCUCUCCUUCACCUUCCAUACGCACGCCGUCCUCAUCUUUUAACUUUGACAUCGCUGAGCCAGCAGGACCCCUUAAGAACCGUCCUUUCUUCUCAUUGCCUUUAAAUCUCCCGAGGGAUGACUUAUUACCCCCCCUUGACCAACCCCUUCCUACCAGAGACUGGGUGACCAUUGAAGGGGACUUUGUCCUGGUCCUGGCCCUUUAUCAGAGCCACCUGGGGGCCGACCUCCAUGCUGCACCCCAGGCCAGGUUUGACGAUGGGCUGAUCCACCUCACCUUUGUGCGGGCAGGAAUCUCCAGAGCCACCUUACUGAGACUGUUCUUUGCCAUGGAGAGAGGAACUCACCACUCCGUCAACUCGCCGUACGUUAGCCACGUUUCCUGCAGAGCCUUCAGGCUGCAGCCUCUGUCUACACGGGGAACACUCACUGUGGACGGAGAACUGGUGCCUUAUGGGCCGCUUCAAGCACAGGUUCAUCCUUCCCUGGCCCGUCUCAUCGUUGGUGACUCUGGAGAGAAGAUUACCCGAUUCUAAUCAGGGAUUGGUGGAGCUGAUUGACAGCACUUUACUGAAUUAUGUAAUCUCUGCUGCCAUCUAUACUCUGAGAGGGGGGGGGGGAUCUGAGAGACUUAAAAUAGCCUGGAUUGCUGAAACUGCUUUUCUGGGGUUUAAUGAAAGGGAUAACCCAUCGAGCCACGCAACAUUGGAGCAGGACUGCAGGGAUUAUUAGCAAAUUUGAAAAUGGAUGAAAAAUGCGCCUCAUUGCACAGCUGUUGGAUUACGCUCGGCGUACCCUGAGAAGCAUGAAAACUGCACAGCCUGGGAUAAUAAGAGGGAAGAACAAUCGAAUGUUUUUGGAUUUUUUUGUGUGCAUGUGUUGGAUGUAUACGUAGUAGUAUGCAUGCAGAGAAGCACUACCUGAUUUUGCCUUACAGUGAGAUGGAGAGAAAUCAGAUUGAAUUCAGAGAAAGUUGUUCUUAAACAUGAAAUGCUAUAAAAUACCCUGAGAUUCACUUGAGCCCCCUAAAAAUCACCCCAAUCUUCCACCACAUCCCCAGUGUUUCAGUAUAAAAACUUCCGUCCCUGAAAAGAUUGCCUUAUCUGCCACUGGAGAGUAGGGGUGUGAAUUUGUCCUUUCUUACUUCUAAAAGAAACAUAAAUCUUCUUAAAUCUCUAUCCACCUACUAUAUUGUCCGUCCACUACAUCAAAGCGAAGCUAUGCUUGUAUACUUUGACAUAUUUGGAGGUCUCAUCUACUAUUAUCAUAGAGCACACUGCUCUCCAAGCACCCAUGGAGAAGAAUGUGGAUAUAAAUACACUGAAAAGACCAUUCUGUUCAUACAAGUGACUUAACGUAGAGCAGCGAGAUCAAGCUCAUUACACUCAUAGGAGCAAUGAAACCGUUGAACGGUGAAUAUUACUGACAUAUUUACAUAAUCCGCCUGCUUUUCUUAGCCAGUGGAUGCACAAUGAUGAUGUCAGUGAUAUCAGACUUUGCAACACAUAAAAUAACAAAAGCUGAACAAAACAAGCUUCUUUGUUAGUGGUUUUAUACUGUGCGUUUUCAAGAAAUCUUUCAGCAUCACUAUCACCCACAUUAGCCCUCAGCACUAGUUUACAUCUAUCCACAUCUGUGAGUAAUCAUCUUUGCAAGCAUUACAUUACACGCUUCUGUCGUUUGUGCAUUUCUUUUGCACAAUAACUUGAGUUGAAGCAGCACAGAAACACUAGAGAGAACAAGAGCUUUUAGAUACAUCUAAAGAGUAACACAGAAUCAGAAACAGUGUUUUGUUAUAGAAAAAGGAUGCACUAGUACUAAGUACCUUAGUCCAGAUGCUAUAACAAAUGGAUCGCAGUACAUUCCUAAUCUGAAAUGGAUUAAAUGUCUCAAUUUGAACACUCGAUUUGACUGACUGAGUCAUUUAGAAACUUAAAACCCCGGCUGUAGAGAAACUAAAAAACACUAAAAUUCAGCAACUCUGUGUUGUCACGUCAGACAUUUGGUCAAGAUAUAAAUCAGAUGGAUGAAAAAAAGAGAAAAAUCACUGUGAAAAAUUAGCCAGCAGAUGAACCAAUCUGGUGAAGUAAGUGAUAGAUUUAUAUUUUGGAUUAAAAUAUAAAUAAAUGAUUUGCUCCUAAGUGAAAUUAAACAGCAGACGUUGGAGAGCUCUACUAGGAACUGAUGAUAUUUUUGAAAUUUUAGGAAUUAAAAAGGAUAAAUUAUUAGCAUGUACAGUGUAUCAAUCAGUACGAUCAUGUCAGAACUCCUCGGCUCAUCAUCAACAUACUGUAUGUCUCGUCACGCCUGGAAAAAUCAAUGCCUUUGUAUUAUAAGCCUGUAAAUUCUGAUAUUGAUCAUAAACUGUUCAAACUUGACUGCUCACCAGGCUUACAUUGCUUUUUGUCUUUGUCCUUUUUCUCUCUUUUUGAGCACACAAUGCAGCUAGUUAACCACAAUUACACUGUGCUUACACGGCUACGGAAUGUGAGUACAAUUUGAGUUUAGGCUGAUAAAAUUACCAAAUAGAAGAAUCUAUAUACACGUUGAAUUGAAGUUUGCCAAAAUGUUUACUCUCGAUGUUAAGAGACUACAGUAGUAAUGACAGUUUGUCGUCUAUGAACAUAGCUCGGACUGUGGUGUCAUAGACCAAUCUGAUUGGACAAUGCUGGGGUUUAACUCCUCAAUUGAUAAUGCCAUUAAGAUGUCUGUAGUGGACUGCCUGUAAUGAAAUUGUAAUUAUUACUAAAAUUAUGAAAUAUAUACAUAUACAAUGUACAGUUAAUAGUUAUAUAUGGUUUUGAAUAAAUGUAACUUGAUAAGUUUGUCUGGAGAAAAUCUGCUGUACAUUUGUCUUCCAUGUGUCUUCUCAUAUGUUAAAGAUCUGAACUGUUGAUGUGAAGAGAGGGAAUUUGCUUUUAUCAGCUUCUAAUUUCAUUGUUUAAACUGCUGCCCGUACAUGAACACACAGUUUAUAUCCACUCCAGCCACUCACAGUAUACUAAUAAACAAAGAAGAUCAAUAACUGUACAACAGUUUCAUGAUUUUCGCUCAGUUUUCAGGCCUUUCCUUUUCUCUCAAACACUCUUUGCAUGUGUGGUACAAAGCUUCUCUGAGUAAAUACACUUCACUGAGUUCAUCCCAGUUCAGCGGCCCCAGAGGGAAUCAGAUCUCUGAUCCAAGUCGUGUUUGUGUAGUAAA